UCUAGAUACGCAUCACCUUUUUGUUUGCGUGCUUUUUUGACAGUUACAAGGGCAUGUACAUUUGAAAAUCUGACGCGAGGGAUUUAAUGGCGGCGUGAAGGAGUCGUGAAAUCGGUCAUCCGGCUUGCGGUCCUCUGUGUUGGACCUCUCGCACUCGUUUCGUCGCGCGUUUUGGUCUUCUACUCGUCGACUUCGAUGCCGUUACCCUACUACUAGGUAAGCGCGACGACGAGGGACCGUCCGUCGGAUCGUGGUGUCGAAACUCGGCGCCGAGGUGUCGAACUCCUUUCUCGGCUGUUUCGCCAGUGACGAUACUCGCCGACCGACAGGAUAAUCAAUCAUGGAGCAGGACACAGAGUAUAUGAAAUUGCCUCUGGAGGAGCGUUGUACGCAUAAGUCUUGGCGAGCACGUUUGCAUGGAUAUGAGGAGUGUGUGAAGACAUUCCAAUGCAUUGACGAUGAGAAGUCGCCGGAAUGGAACAAGUACAUGGGCUUCAUCAAGAAGUUUGUGCUGGAUAGUAAUGCGGCUGCGCAAGAAAAGGGACUGGAAGCAACCCUGGCUUUCAUCGAGAAUGCCACAGUUGCUGGCAAGAUAGUUAUUGAGGUGAUGAAUGGUAUCGUGUCCAAAUGUAUCGCCGCACCUAAAGCCAAGACGAAGGAACUAGCUGUACAGAUUACAUUGAUGUAUAUUGAGAUUGAGAAGCACGAUGCAGUACAAGAAGAGCUGCUGAAGGGCACCGAGGCGAAGAAUCCGAAGAUCGUAUCGGCGUGUAUCGCUACCUUGACGCUGGCGCUCAAGGAGUUUGGACCCAAAGUAAUUAAUAUGAAGCUAUUGAUAAAAAAGAUAGCGAACUUCUUAGAAGACAGGGAUAAGAUGGUACGAGAGGAAGGUAAAACUAUGGUGGUAGAAAUGUAUCGAUGGAUAGGCGAUCGCUUGAAACAGCAGUUGAACACAUUGAAACCGGUGCACAUUACGGAGCUUGAGGCGGAGUUUAGUAAUCUUGGCAAUGAGAAGGUGAUACCUACGCGCUAUCUACGCUCCCAAAAGCCAAAGAAAAUGGGCAAUGGUAGCGAUUCAGCAGCGGUAAGCGAUAAUGGCGAGGAUGAUAAUGAAGACGCAGAUGGUACUUCGAUUCCAGACGUCGAUCCAUACGAGCUAAUGAUGCCUGUAGACAUCCUAUCAAAGCUACCGAAGGACUUCUACGAAAAAGUUGAAGCAAAGAAGUGGCAGGAGCGAAAGGAAGCGCUGGAGACGCUUGAAACGCUGGUUAAAAACACAAAAUUAGAGAACGGCGACUACGGUGACGUAGUGAAGUCCUUGAAGAAAAUUAUCUCGAAGGACACUAAUGUGCUGGUAGUCACGCUAGCGGGGAAGUGUCUGGCUGGUUUAGCUGCAGGUUUGAAGAAACGAUUUCAAUCUUAUGCCACCGCCUGUUUGCCUGCCAUUCUGGAAAAGUUUCGCGAGAAGAAGCAAACAGUGGUACAGGUAUUACGGGAGGCUGCUGAUGCCAUUUACCAGAGUAUGAGCAUCGAUCUCAUUCUCGAGGACACUCUAGCUGCUUUGGAGAACAAAAACCCGGCCGUGAAAGCCGAGACGGCUGCGUACCUGGCCCGAUGUUUCACGCAUACACCACCUACGAAUCUCAAUAAGAAGCUACUCAAAUCUUAUACCGGCAUGUUGCUGAAGACGCUUAACGAGCCGGAUCUCAUAGUACGCGAUAAUUCGGCUGAAGCGCUCGGCACGGCGAUGAAACUGAUUGGCGAGAAGUCAAUGAUGCCAUUCCUAACAGAUAUUGAUAAUCUGAAAAUGACGAAGAUCAAAGAGUGUGCCGAUAAGGCAGUAAUAGUCGUUAAAGUGAAACAGGAGCGACCCAAUACCGCUCCGGCCAAAAUAGAAUCGCAACGGACGAAUAAGACAAACAAGGAGAAUUCGAAGCACAGCAAAUCGAGUUCUACGAAGAGACCGAAUACUGGUAUUGCGACUGGAAAGAAAUCAGGAAUAAAGAAACCCGGCAGUGCCUUGUCACUCACGAAUCUGGCGCCAAAGAAAGCAGUACAGAUAGAAAGGAAUUACAGUCCAGAAGAGAUCGAGGAGAUGGCGGCGCAGCUUUUGCCAGCCGAAAUAAUCACCGGUCUCGUGGAUAGCAAUUGGAAAACGCGUCUAUCGGCGGUUACGCAAUUGUCAGAUACCAUCAAGACAAUGAAUUCGGCGGAGGUGCCGACCCAGGUGAUCGUACGAACUUUGGCGAAGAAGCCUGGCUUUAAGGAUACAAAUUUCCAAGUAUUAAAACUACGCAUAGAGAUUGUAAAGUACCUGGCGGAAAAUCAUCCGUUCACAGCCACCGUGGCCGAGUAUUGCCUCAUGGACAUUACAGAAAAACUUGCAGACGCGAAGAAUAGUUCGAUCGCCGUCGAAACUUUGUUAACGAUUGCUGAGGCUACGAGUUUCGAAUAUAUAGCGGACGAGGUAGUGGCGUUUGCAUUCAAUCAAAAGAACCCUAAAGUACAGCAGGAGACACUGCUGUGGUUGUGCCGGGGAAUCACGGAGUUUGGUUGUGGUCUCAACAUCAAGUCCAUCAUUGAGAACAUCAAGAAGGCAGUAGCGGCUACGAAUCCCAGUGUGCGUACAGCUGCUGUAACUUUGCUGGGAACUUUGUAUCUUUACAUGGGCAAAUCGCUAUUGACAUACUUUGACAAUGAAAAACUUGCACUACGGCAACAGAUCGAGCAAGAAUGCGAGAAGCGUAACGGUGAAACGCCACCGGCACCUAUUCGCGGCGCCAAGGCCAGAAAGGCCAACACCAUCAAAAUUGAUGAUGAAGAGGAAGAAGUAGAGGAGUCGGAGAAGAAAGCAAACGGCAGCGAACCGGAUCUUAAUGAACUGAUUCCUCGCGUUGACAUCAACGCGCAAAUUACCGAAGCGUUGCUAGCCGAAUUGGCCGAUAAGAACUGGAAAGUGCGUAACGAAGCGUUGCAGAAGGUGAACACCUUGCUUAGCGAAGCCAGGUUUAUUAAACCGACUAUCGGUGAUUUACCGCAGGGAUUGGCUCUUCGUCUCGUGGACAGCAACAGCAAGAUUGCACAAGCAGCUUUAGGUAUAUGUGAAACGUUGGCGACGGCUAUUGGACCACCAGUGAAGCUGCACAUUCGUGCUUUGUUUCCCGGAUUUUUGCAAUGCCUAGGUGACAGCAAAAACUGGAUUAGAGUAGCUGCGACCUCCUGCAUCAAUACAUGGGGAGACCAGUGCGGCUAUAAAGAAUUCUUUGAUGGCGAGAUGAUAGGCGAUGCAUUGAAGGCAGGUUCACCGAUGUUACGAUCUGAACUAUGGAACUGGCUGGCACAGAAAUUGCCCUCGAUCCCGGUGAAACAGAUUCCCAAGGAAGAGCUUUUCGUGUGCCUUCCUUAUUUGUAUGCUAAUCUAGAGGAUCGUAACUCGGACGUACGAAAGAACGCUCAGGAAGCUGUUCUCGGCUUUAUGAUUCACCUCUCUUAUGAAGCGAUGGUUAGAAACACCGAAAAACUGAAGCCUGGAUCGAGAACAGUGGUGAUUGCUGCAUUGGACAAAGCUCGUCCUAGUUUACCCAUAAAGCCUCUUCCUAAGAAAGAACCGUCAGAUGACAAUAUCCAGAAAAAUGGCGCAAAGGGUGCGAAAGUAGUGAAAGCUGUUAAAUCGAAGGGCGCUUCAUCCAAACCGGGCAGUGCUCGCAAAAAAGAUGACGACGUUGAUACCAGUCCUCUGUUGGUGGUCAACAACCUGAAGCACCAACGUGUGAUUGACGAACAGAAAUUGAAGGUGCUCAAAUGGAACUUUACUGCACCCAGAGAAGAGUUUGUUGAGCUUUUGAAAGAUCUUAUGACCACUGCAAACGUCAAUAAGACUUUGAGAGCAAACAUGUUUCAUUCUGAUUUUCGAUAUCAUCUCAAGGCUAUCGAAGCACUCACCGAGGAUCUUCCUGGAAAUAGUAAAGCAUUGGUGUCUAACCUGGAUCUCAUUCUCAAAUGGUUGACAUUGCGAUUUUUCGAUACUAAUCCGUCGGUGCUUCUGAAAGGAUUGGAUUACUUACAAUUGGUCUUUAAUAUGUUAACUGAAGACCAGUAUCACAUGUUGGAAACUGAAGCAGCGUCAUUUAUUCCUUAUCUCAUUAUUAAAAUAGGCGACCCAAAAGAUGCUGUGCGUAAUGGCGUGCGAGCUUUAUUCAAGCAAAUAGCUCUUGUAUAUCCUGUGAGCAAAUUAUUCUCAUAUGUAAUGGAGGGCUUAAAGUCAAAGAAUGCCCGACAGCGAACAGAAUGUCUGGAUCAAUUAGGAUCGCUAAUUGAGAAUUAUGGAGUUUCUGUUUGUCAACCUACCCCAUCUGCGGCAUUGAAAGAAGUUGCGAAGCAGAUAGCAGAUCGUGACAAUUCCGUUCGUAAUGCCGCGCUGAACUGCAUCGUUCAGGCCUACUUCCUUCAAGGGGAACGUAUAUUCAAACUCAUUGGCCAAAUAUCAGAGAAAGAUAAGUCUCUGUUGGAUGAAAGGAUCAAGAGAGCUGCAAAGAAUAGACCCAUAAAAUCUGCAUCCGCUACUAGACUCUCCACGCCAGCGGUUGCAACCACCAGUCCGGUGACAGAUGACAUGGAGGCGGAUUACGAAGAGGAGCAGGAAGAGAUUGCCGAGCCAAUGGAAGCAGUACCAGAGCUAAAUUCUCCUACAUCGAUGCAACCAAAGGUUCCUUCAGGUCCCUUUGGAUUAGACAUGGAAUUUCUGCAGAGGAUUGAACUAAGUGCCCCAGUGAAAUAUCGUAAUCCGAUAUUAGCGGAACCCAGCUUGUCAGAUUUGAACGAGCCUCCAGUUAAUAUGAUGUUGAACCCACCCAAAACACAAAUGAUACCAAUUUCGCCACCGAAAUUGUUAGUGUCAAAAUUAUCGUCCGUUGUAUCUCCUACUACUGCUAGCAGUAAAGAUGAGACACUCGAACGUAACAUUUUGUCUAUGUCCAGUAUGGAUUUGCCCACUGCAAUACAGUCCAUGAAUGCAAUAGAAAACUUAUUAAAGUCUCAUCAAGCGGUCAGCUUGCAAUCUAGGGAGGAUAAAUUUAUUGGAUCGAUAAACAUGCAACUGAAAUUAUUGCAAACGUAUCCAUUACGACAAGAAAAUGCAGACGUGUCGAGGGGCUUCAGAAACACAUUUCUGGUUAUACUCGUGUUUUAUGACACUGGAUUUCUUGGAAAAAAUGUUCCUUUUAUACAUUUAAAAGAAUUAGUAGAUCAGAUGAUAAGUUUGUUGGCCGAAAACAAGUUGGAACAUUUGCAUCAGGCUGGAGCAUAUUACAGGGUGAUCAAUAACAUCAUGGUGAAAAUUAUUGACAAUUCUAAUCACACCACCAUCAUAUGUGUAUUAAUCAAACUGCUUCAUUCGUGUGCUGAAUCAAAUGUUCCUUCAAAAUAUGAGGAAUUAGUGAUGAAAUGUUUAUGGAAAAUCGUGAAAACAAUGUCGAAUUGGGCCGCUGAUUUAGAUUACGAUACAAUACUCUUGGAAGUGCACCGUUUUCUUAAGGAUUAUCCUACUACGUGGUGGAAGAAACGAAAGUCCGAUACUCCGCUACGAACAGUCAAGACGGUUCUUCACAGUAUGACCAGGGUGAAAGGCAGUUCGAUACUUAAUCAUUUGACGCUAAUAAAUAAUACAAAUGAAUCUGAGUUGCACACUUACUUAAUAAGAUUAAUUGCGAGUCUUAAGCCAGAUGAGAUUAAUGCAGCAAAAGUAACACCAAAAUCGAAUAAUGUGGGAAGGACGCCAAAACACUUGUCCAAGUCUACUCGUCAGCAACUGGCAGAAAUAUUCAAGAAAAUCGGAUCAAAAGAACAAAUGCAAGAGGGCCUAGUGCAGUUAUAUGAUUUCAAACUUCAAUAUCCGGAAGCUGACGUGCAACCAUUUCUGGUCAAAUCUCACCAAUUCUUCCAAGACUUCAUAGAACAGGGAUUAAGGGAGAUCGAUCAGGCGCGAAAAAAUCAAACUAUUUUAUCGCAAGCUAACAAUCAGUACUCUAUGGAAACUACAGAGUCUUCAGCCGCGGUUGCUGACGAGAAGGACCUCAUGGAUCCAUUGUACAGGCUCGAGAAACUCCGAGCCCUUGAAGCACAAAGUAGAAUGACCUCCCAGCCGAAUCCACCAUGAAUGAUCCAACAUAAGUUUAUUAAUUAGGUAAGCGGGACGCACGAUACAUAUAUACAUGUAUGUGUAAGAUGAUGCAUAUUUGUCCGACUUAUUUAUUCGCGUCUUUCGAAAUGUUUAAUCCUAUGGUAUUCUCCACCGCUGAUUUUCCAUUGAGAUGAAUCAUUAAUCGCUUUAUGUACGAAUUUCCGAUUUCUUCGAGACAUAAUCCGAUUAUUUGCUCUCAGUGAAUUAAUUUAAAUGAUUUGCAUAGUUAGCAGAGGACUUUAGCGACCGCGAAUCGUAGAAAAUAGUAUAGCUGCACCAUCAGACACGUGCUACAUCGAACAUCGUAACGAUCCUGCGUUCUAAUUGUAGCAAUGUUACAUUUCCUAUAAUGUAACGACGAUGCGCGCAUACUAAUAAUGUUUUGUUUCUUCCACAACAGUUAUGUAUAGUUAAUAUUAAUGUUACUAAUUAUGUAAGGUCGAUCAUAUAAUAGUACAUGUAUAAGUAUACGAAACUUGCACGAUUCGAGCGUCACUCAUGUCGUAGCAUGAUUUAAUUUUACAUUGUUUAACUUAGUAUUUUUUUACGUUGUUUUCUAAAUAAAUUUGUUCUAUUUAAACUCUAUUAGAUUCAUAAUCACCAUAUCGUUGUUGUUUUCGCAAAACCUCCACCGCGAUAAAAAUAAAUUUGUUGAUAUGACAAACAAAAUGUUAUGAUAAAAUAAAUAAAUCCAUCUCGUCCGUGGCAUGCGUGCUGGGCGAUUUCUAUGCCAUUCUUAAAGAAAAUUAUUGGCACAGAGUUCAGUGUAUAGUUUUAACCGACGAGAUACAAUUAAUCUAGCAAAGAGAUAAUAAAAUAAUUUUAGAAUAUGUCAUUCUUUAGAACAUUAUCUGGACUUCUGUAUCAUCCAAUCUCCGAGAGUUACAUUUGAAAAAAAAAGAAACAAACUGAUAUAUGGACAAUAUAUGGACUUGAUAUAAUUUAUGUGCGCGAUGUUCAAUGUGAUGUAUUAUUAAUUUUAGACA